CUAACGGUUGCGGGUCGGCGCACCGCAUGUGUGCGUGCAGACGAGCCAAUUUUUACGCAACAUCAAUUUAGGCUAAUAUAUAAAGUCCGCUGUUCGUAAGUACUUCUCGGCAUGCACACACGCGGUGACGGCUCUACGAAAACCAUAGGUGAUAGUAGAACAUAAGAUGAUGCCGGUAGAGGUGCUCCUGUUGCUGAUCCUCGUGAUCGUCCUUAUCGUCGCUGAACUCGUGCAUCAAAGCUCUCUCAGAAGGAGGAAGAGUCCGCCAGGACCAUUUCCAUGGCCACUGGUGGGCAACAUGAAGGAGCUCCGCGAGUUGAGCGUCAAACUCGGCGGUCAGCACAAGGCUCUCGUGGAGCUUUCCCAGCGAUACGGCAGCCCGGUGAUCAGCUUGAAGCUCGGCAGAACUACGACCAUCGUCGUCAAUGGCAGCGAGGGCAUACAGACGGUACUCGGCUCCGAGGAGUUCGACGGGCGACCUUGGAACUUCUUCAUCAAGCUCAGGAACAUGGGCAAGAAAAAAGGUAUAACGAUGAACGACGGGCCAGAGUGGCGGGAAAUUCGAAGCUGGUUUGUGCGGAGCAUGCGCUCGAUAGGGUUCGCUCGUCGCGAAAUGUCCGAGUUCAUCGGGGUGGAACUCGAGCAGAUUCUGAAGAACAUAGGCAAAGGUGGCGUGCGACAGAUAAAGCGCAUUAUCGAGCCCGCUAUCAUCAACGUUCUCUGGACCUUAGCCACGGGCAAGAGGUUCGACGAGGACAGAUUGCAGUCCUUCAUGAAGCUGAUGGAGAGACGAGCACAGGCGUUUGACAUGACGGGUGGAUUGAUCUCGGCUUACCCGUGGAUAAGACAUAUAGCUCCAGAGUAUUCCGGUUACAAUCUCCUUGUGACUGUCAAUAAUGAAUUCAGAGCCGUUCUCAUGGAGACCAUCGAGGAGCACAAGAAGAACUUCGUGCCGGGGAGCGAGGCCGAUCUUAUCGACAUGUUCCUCAAUGAGAUGUACGCGGGCAAAGGACCGCAGGCUGGUUUUGACGAGGACCAGCUCGUGAUAAUACUUUUGGAUAUCUUGUUGGCUGGUUUGAAUAUUACUUCGACGACGUUGCAAUUUCUGUUCCUGAAUGUGCUGAUCAAUCAAGACUCGCAACGACGUCUUCACGAGGAGAUCGAUUCGGUGAUAGGACUGGAUAAGCUUCCGGAGUUUAGCGACAAGUCAAAGCUGCCGUACGUCGAGGCUGUGAUCUUGGAAAGCCAGCGAGUGACGCCUGUGGUGCCGAUCAUCGGACCUCGUCGAGUCUUGCGAGACACGAAGCUUCUGGACUACGACAUACCGUGCGAAAGCUUCGUCAUCAUGAACCUGUACUCGAUGCACUCGGAUCCCAAACUCUAUCCGGAGCCUCGCAGCUUUAAGCCUGAAAGGUUUCUCAGCAACGGGACGAGAAUCAAGGACGAUAAUCUUAUUGUAUUUGGUAGAGUUCAAGCCAAGGUAGGCGUAGGCUCGGGUGAGCAGGAAUGGGGCUACACGACGGUGCGCGCUGGCGCCCACAUGUUCUGGUGGCUCUACUUCACGACCGACAAGCAGGUAUCGAGCUUCUACGAGAAGCCCCUAGUCAUCUGGCUACAAGGAGGUCCCGGUGGAUCCUCGACCGGUUACGGUAACUUCGAGGAACUCGGACCCUACGACGUCAACCUUAACUACCGUAACUACACCUGGGUGAAGGACUACAACGUUCUCUUCAUCGACAAUCCAGUGGGCACAGGCUUCAGCUACGCCGACAAUACCAAUGCCUUCGCGACGACUAACGCUCAGAUCGCCGCUGAUCUGUUGGAGGUGAUGCGCGAUUUCUACAAAAGGCAACCUGAAUUCCGCAAGGUACCCGUGUACAUCACCUCCGAGUCGUACGGAGGCAAGAUGGCCGCUGAAUUCGCUUACGUCUGGUACAAGGCCCAGAAGUCAGGAUCGAUCGAGAGUAACCUCAAGGGUGUGGGUCUCGGUGACUCCUGGAUUUCGCCGAUCGACAGUGUGCUCACCUGGGCACCUUUCCUCCUCCAAACCGGUAUGGUAGACACGGAGGGCUACGAAGAAAUCCAAAAGUGGGCUCAGAAGACCAAAGACGCCGUGGACGGCGGCGAAUGGUCGACCGCCACUAGUCUCUGGGGUCAGACGGAAAACGUCAUCAUCAGGAUCACCGGUAACAUCGACUUUUACAACAUCCUGACCAAGGUUCAUGGUGGAUACAAACGACAGCCCAAGUUCCGCGAUGCCAAGUCCGCCACCCGAGCGUUAUUCCGGGCCACGGUUGAGCGCGACGACGCCAGCCUGGACAGGCUGAUGAACGGCCACGUGAAAAAUGCCUUGAAUCUCACCAAGACCUGGGGUGGACAGCGUGGACCGGUCUUCUCGCUGCUCUACGAGGACUUCAUGAAGCCCGUUACCGAAGUUGUGGAGCAACUACUCAACGAGACGGACCUCAAAGUCUUCGUGUACACCGGCCAGCUGGAUCUGAUCGUCGAUACCCCAGGAACUCUGCUGUGGGUCGAGAGGUUGAACUGGAAAAACGCCAAGCAGUGGCAGACGAGCAAGAGGACUCCGGUCGUCGUCGACGGUAUAAUCGAGGGCUACCGCAAGGUCUACAAGAACCUGUACUUCUACUGGAUCAACCGAGCCGGACACAUGGUGCCAGCCGAUAACCCCGCGGGUACCGCCGCCUUGCUCAAGGACCUCACCGAGAAUUAGAAUACAUAAUGCCAACCUCUACAGCUACAGCUCAUCUCUAACUCCUCCUUCGAUUUCUAUCCGCAUCGUCGUCGUCGUCUAAGUCUCACGAGGCUGUCUCUAUAGGAAAUUUCGGAAGGAGAGGACUUUAUGCAUAUACAAGUGUAUGGCGAGGGAGCAAGAAAGAAAGUCGAGCCCGAAUUCGGGAAUGUAAAGUAGCGAGAGAGCGAUGAAGGAGUUUCUAUGCCGACUGACUUUUUCGGGCAAAUAUUUUAACGGCGACGAGAGUCUCUGCGACUUGUGUACGAAAGAAUUUGUGUAAAUAUGCGCUUGAAGAUGAGAUGAAAUAUAUGUUUGUUGAACAAACUGAUGCCCGUUAUUGCGUGUACUUAUGUGUAUUAUUGUACUUGCGUGUAUUAUUGUCCCUCUUUUAAACUGCGGCGCGGUUGUAGACGUUAUAUAUGUGCAGAGAUAAUUACAAAAAGUUACUCACUAUAUAGCCUAGAUCUUCGUGUAAUUAAUUAAAGAGCCUUACCACAUACGCA